AGGUUCCCUCUCGCCUCUGCCGCUUCACUGCUGGGGGUGGGCUAGAUGACCCUCGAGGGUUCCUUCCAGCUCUGCGAUUCUGUGGCACUGACAGGCGAGCUGAAUCUCUCCGCCCCGCCCCCCGCCCCGUUUUGAGCGCCAAGCUGGAGCCCCUCCCUCCCUCCUCCUCAGGAGGAAGCCCCUCAGCCUGGGGGCCGGUGUAGGGCAGGCUCGCCAUUGAAAAACGGAAGCACUGGCUAGAGGGCUGCCCAGGAUCCCCUCCACUGGGGAAGCAACUCUGCCGGCUGGUCGGUUUACACAGCCCGUGGGUUGGCAGGAGCUGGGACCAAGCAACGGGAGCUCACCCCGUCACAGGGAUUCGAACCGCCGACCUUCUGAUCAGCAAGCCCUAGACUCUGUGGUUUAACCCACAGCACCACCUGGGUCCCUUCAAAUUAGAUAAACUAGGGUUAACUUGUUAAUUUAGAAUGAAAAGGAUGAAUGGUCUGACUUGAUCCUGAGGGCAAAUAUUGACUCUGGUUUGUAGUUAGGUGGACUUUGUGCUUGAGGUGACAGACCAACAUCGCUGAAAAUGGAAAAAGAAGCAUCUGCUGAAGCUCGGAAAACCACCCAAGAAUCUAUAGUUAAAGAAGAGACGAUUGCAGAAAGAAAAUGGGUGAAGCUGGAGCAGACAACUUACAUUGAUCCUGAAGGUCAAACAAGAGUAUGGGAAUCUGUGAAGCGUACUACCAGACAAAAGGGGGUUUCUGCUGAUGGGGUUGCUGUUAUUCCAGUGUUGCAAAGAACUCUUCACUAUGACUGUGUUGUCCUAGUGAAGCAAUUUAGGCCUCCCAUGGGGAACUACUGCUUGGAAUUCCCUGCAGGUCUAAUUGAUAGCAAUGAAACCCCAGAAAGUGCUGCUUUACGUGAGCUGGAGGAAGAAACAGGAUACAAAGGGGAGAUCCUUGAAUGCUCUCCAGCUUUGUGCUUGGAUCCUGGAUUGACUAACUGUACAUCACACAUUGCAACAGUCACCAUUAAUGGAGAUAUUCCUGCCAAUCUGAAGCCCAAACAAAAACCAGAGGAAGGAGGUACGUUGUCUACUUAAGUUCACUAUGGCUGACAUCACAGAUAAGUAUGCUAGAUACUUCUGAAUAUUCCAGUGUAGUUUUGACUCAAUAAAGCCCUUUUGUCUUUUAAAUUCAAUAGCUAUCUCUUUCUGGGUCUCCCUAACUUUUUUCAGUAACACGUUGAGUAGUCGAAACAAAAUUUAAAAAAUCCUUCCAGCAGCACCUUAGAGAUCAACUAAGUUUGUCAUAGGUAUGAGCUUUCGUGUGCAUGCACACUUCUUCAGAUACACUGAAGCAGAAGUCCCCAGACGCUUGCUUAUAUAUAUGAAGCGAACUUUCCUAUGGAAAAUAAUGGAAAGUAGAUUAAUCCGUUCCAGAUGUAUCCGUGGAGUACUCAACCUGAAGCGUACUUAACCUGAAGCAUGGGUGUAAUUGGUUAUGAACACAAUUGUAAUUGGUUAUGAACACAAUUGGUUCCAGAAGUCUGUUCAUAAACUGAAGCGUUCAUAAACUGAAGCAAACUUUCCCAUUGAAAGUAAUGGAAAGUGAAUUAAUCCGUUCCAGAUGGGUCUGCAGCGUUUGUAAACCGAGGUGUUCAUAAACCGAGGUUCCACUGUAAUCUAGUCCUCCAAACCCUAGUUCAUGUGUACCAUAGAAUAACUCCCAUCAAUAUUGGCAAUAGAACACCUCUUUCUGAUUCCUGGUGACCCAAACACUUGCCACUGUCUACCUCUACCCACCAUUACUCAACGCUAGGGGGAGUAAGCAGUUUUUUGCAGAAACAGGUGGCCUUGGGUAGAGGAGCAAAGUACUGUGAAUAGGAGGCAUAGUCAUGUCAGCAUAACAUGAAUGGGACUGGUUGUAGCUCACUGGCUUUCCUUAUGAGUUUCAGUAUAUGUAAAACUCAUCUUAUUUUCAGUUUGCUUUAGACUAAAAGGGGAGUCACCUUGUGGAAUAGAGUGGAAAUUAUGUAAUGCCUCAUUUUCUUUCUUUCCCCUCCCUCAGAGUUUGUAGAAGUUGUUACACUACCAAAGAAUGAUUUAUUGCAGAGAAUUGAGGAGUUGGUGUCAGAGGAGCACAUGAUAGUCGAUGCAAAAGUAUAUGCUUAUGCCUUGGCACUGAGACACGCAACAGAUCAGCCAUUCCAAGUGCCAUUUAUGAAAUUCUAAGAUAUGGGGUCACGAAGAGUCGGACACGACUAAACAACAACAACAACAACAACAACAACAAGACUGCUUAGUCGUUUGGAAGGAUGUUCUUGUAUUGAGCUAAGGCAGCAUUUCUUUCCUGUGACUGUCAACAAGCUGAAUGUAACAGUAAGCUUUUUCUUAAAAAAAGAGGAGAGUUUAUAGCAGUCUAACUGGCAUGUUUAUUGAAAAGAAAGAAACAAUUUCACUUAAUUCAAUUUCUGUAUCCAAUUAACUGGAGAUUUCCUGAGAACAAUAAAUCUCUUACUGCCUUCUGA